AGCUAGCAAGCUUUGUCUUGGGUUCUCACUCACUCCGACCACGCACAUUCCACUAGUUUCGAUCCCGUCCGGUCGUGCGCGCGGAGAUGCAGGGGGCGACGACCAAGCAGUCGCGCAAGGCCGACCGCGCCGCGGCGAGGGCGGCGGAGGGGAGCAAGGACGACGGCGACGGCGCCAAGGCUGUGGACGUAGUGAGGAGCGACGACGCCGGCGACAAUAAGACCGCCGGGGACGUGAAGGGCGAGCUGGGCGACGCCAAGGGCGGGGCCGUGUACCACGGCAUGUCGGCCACGGAGGGGAAGGACUCCCAGACCAUCGUGGCGCUGCAGUCGCCGGUGACCGUGAUGCGCCCCGUCCGCGGCGACCUCGAGGAGCACGUCCCCAAGCCAUAUUUGGCGCGAGCUCUUGCGGUCCCGGACAUCUACCACCCUGACGGCAGCACGGACGGACACAGGCACCACCACAUGAGCGUGAUGCAGCAGCACGUCGCCUUCUUCGACCGCGACGACAACGGCAUCAUCUACCCCUGGGAGACCUACCAAGGAUGCCGCGCGCUCGGAUUCAACAUGAUCAUGUCGUUCCUGAUCGCGCUCAUCGUGAACGGGACCAUGAGCUACGCAACUCUGCCUGGCUGGCUGCCGUCCCCCCUGUUCCCGAUCUACGUGCACAACAUCCACAAGAGCAAGCACGGCAGCGACUCCGGGACCUAUGACAACGAGGGCAGGUUCAUGCCGGUGAACUUCGAGAACAUGUUCAGCAAGUACGCGCGGACCUCCCCCGACCGGCUCACCUACAGGGAGCUGUGGUCGAUGACCGAGGGGUUCAGGGAGGUGUUCGAUUUCUACGGCUGGUUCGCGGCGAAGCUGGAGUGGACGAUCCUGUACGUGCUGGCGCGGGACGAGGAGGGGUACCUGUCGCGGGAGGCCAUGCGGCGCGUGUACGACGGCAGCCUCUUCGAGUACGUCGAGAGGCAGCGCGCGCAGCACGCCAAGAUGUCCUAGGCUUGUCCGGGGGCUGCAUGCGGCUGCCUCUCUGCCCGCCUUCCAGUUCGAGCUGCACGCGUGCGUGAAAUGGGCGUGUAGCUGAGACUCGGACAUGUCACUCUGCUCGCCGGCGUCUCUGGAUGUAAAUAAUCACCAAACGUGUCGCAACAUGUCAGCAUGUAGCCGUCGUCGAUCGGUCAAUAACAACG